AUGUCAUCUUCUAGGAAGAAAUUGUUAUUAAUGGGACGCUCAGGGAGUGGUAAAUCUUCCAUGAGAUCAAUUAUAUUUUCAAAUUAUUCAGCAUUCGAUACUAGAAGACUUGGUGCAACUAUUGAUGUUGAACACUCCCAUUUAAGAUUUUUGGGAAAUAUGACAUUGAAUUUAUGGGAUUGUGGUGGCCAAGAUGUUUUCAUGGAUAAUUAUUUCACAACUCAGAAAGAUCACAUAUUCAAAUUUGUUCAAGUUUUAAUUCAUGUAUUUGAUGUAGAGUCAAAAUCUAUAAAUAAAGAUAUUGAAAUUUUCAUUAAAGCUUUAACUAAUUUACAAAAACAUAGUCCAGAUGCCAAAGUUUUCGUUUUAUUACACAAAAUGGAUUUAGUUCAAGUUGAUAAAAGAGAUGAAUUAUUCAAUAUAAUGAUGGAUAAAUUACAAAAAAUUUCAAAUCCCUAUCAAUUCAAAUUGAUUGGAUUCCCAACAUCAAUUUGGAACGAGAGUUUAUAUAAAGCAUGGUCACAAAUAGUUUGUUCAUUGAUUCCUAAUAUGAAUUUAUUCAAUGAAAAUUUGAUCAAAUUUAAUUCGAUUUUGGAUGCUGAAGAGAUUAUCCUAUUUGAAAAAACUACAUUUUUAGUAAUUUCUUCCACCAAUUCAAUAAAACAGCAACAACUACAAAAUUCAAAUUCCGACAAUUUAGAUCCUAAGAGGUUUGAAAAGAUUUCCAAUGUAAUAAAAACUUACAAACAAUCCAUUUCAAAAUUAAGAACUAAUUUCAAUAAUUUAAUCAUCAAAGGUAGUAAUGAUACUCAAUUUUUCAUCGAUGUGUUAACUGAUAAUAUGUUCAUCAUGAUCAUCAUGAAGGAUAAACCUCAAGAUUCAAAAUUUGUCAAUAAUAAAGAAGAAUUAAUAGUUUUGGAAAAUAUCAAAGCUGCUAGAAAAUGGUUUGAAAAAAUCGAAAGUGUAAAAUAA